CCCCAAAACGAUGUUGGCAGUACUGAAAAAAAGAUGGCAGAUAUAAAUAAUACGAUAAUUAUCGCAUUUAGGGGAAGGUCGCAUAGUACCGGGCAGCGUCCAUUAUCGGACAGUGCUUACUCUUCCGAAACGUCGCUAGUUAGUGACACUUUUCAAGUAUCAGAGUCUUGUCUCUGUCCUUCACAGACGACAGUCCUAAGUUGGAGUAAAUCCAUUGAGGCGGUCAGCCGCUGUGAGUGAAUCUUUCAAUUUGUAUAAAUUUUGAGCUACGUUGUUUAUUUUUGGAAUGCCGUAUCAACUAAUUCUGGAAGUGUCAGGGACUCGUCAAAGAACGACUGAGGAAAACCAAGAACACGCGGCUGAAAUUUUUGAGUGGCGCGCCCGCAGACACUCAGCUGUUACACAGGACAGGGCGGAAUCACCCGGAGCAGAUUCGAAGUCGGGUACAACGGCCAGCGUACUCAAGGCAAUGCACUGGAUCGAUCCUGUAGCUGCAGGGCGCAUGCUCGCCGAAUCGGAGCUUGCUGAUACUGCCAUCUGCGGCAGUGUUGAGAACCAUAUACUGCAGCAAACAACCACGAACACUGACGCAUUCCAGCGCAAAACACAAGUGCACUUCCUUCACAGUCGUGUUUAGCCAUUAUCUUCCUCCUUUGUAGGUGAAGGCUGUCGCCUGGUUCCGAUAUCGGCGUUUCUGUCCGCAGAAUCUACCACCGACCCUCGGCUACUUAGCAGGGAAAUGCAUCUCGUCACGACACAUUCCAGUGUAACACUUCGUGAAGGCGAUUUAUGAAUGAAAAGCGAAAGGAUAAGGGACGGAAGUGGUCGUGGCCGAAUUAAAGGGACUGUUUCGGAAUUUGCAUGGAGGGAGAGGCAAACCACAAAACCUUGGACAGCGUAAAUCAGAACCCAGGGUAUCCCGAAUACGAAGCGAUUCGUCCUAACCUCUUUGUCUUUCUUUAAAUUUCCUCCCUUCUCCCUUGUUAUCUUUUCGAUCGCCCUGAUUAAGUACAAGACGCGGGUAACAACAAUGCCAGAAUCGGGUCUCGACUCCACGUCCCCAGCGACCAAGAGGCAGACCGGCCACACACGUAGAUGACGUCCAGUCUUCUGCGCAGAUGAGAGUAUUUGAGUAAAACGACUGUCGUGAGCUGUGUCCACAGUAACUACUGUUCGCGACUGUAAUCUUGAGACUUGAGGGGGUGAGGAAGUGGGGUGAAGGAGGAAAUAUAGUGUCUGUAUGCAGUAUCCUUUAACUCUUCGGAAUUCCCUUCGAGUCUCAAGAUUACAGUCGGAAACAGUAGUUUCGCUUCGGAACAUUUCGUCUUGAGGCUUGUUACGGGUCGCCAGAAACUUCUUUUGUCAUUACAAUUAAAAGAACACAGACAACGAACUCCGCUCGUGUCAACUCCAACGCCUUCCUUAUCCCCACCCACCGGCUCUCCAACGCCUCUCUCUCUCUCUCUCUGUCUCCAUCCAAUUCUUUUCCAAUUAUCUCCACAUCAUCCCUCUUUCGCCUUCUUGGAUUCUAAAUCGAGAAUAUCGCUGUCCACCGUCCUUGCACAGUUCCAAGAACAAUUCCUUGUUUCUAACUUCGUCUUUCUCGCUUGGGCGUCCGCUUUUAAUUCUGGCAUCACGUUCUUUCGCGUAGCGAGGGAACAUUCUUAAACUUCUUUCGUUGAAAUGUUCGAGUCGAAAGUCAUUGCACUGGCCAGCGCUCUCUGUCAUGCGAGAAUCAAAACCACUUUGUACUUCUUUUAUUCGCUUAAAACUCUUACAUACGCAAUUUCUUCCCAGUUACUUCUUUCAUGUUUCUAAAUACAUUUCAAGCUGUUUAAUCCUUGUGAGAUCCUCCCAACAGCUAAUCUGUUUCGUGGAUAAGCACUAGCCAACGUUCUUAAUCCUUUCAAGGACAAUGAUAACUGCAUAUAUAUUCUACUUUCUUUAACAAUCGAUAACUCGUGCAAUCGAUAACUUCCUAUGAUUCUCACAAUAAAUAGCGAUUGUUUCUCAAUGAAAGCAUUAACCUGUUGGUAAUUGUAUUGGAUAAGCAUUGUUUUCUUUGAGGUAGGAACUGAAUUAUUAUUAAAUAUUAUUUACAGAAGCUUCGUGCUUCAAAGGGUGAAAACUGUCCGGUCGACGAAGGUCACAAUACCACCGCUGGAAUCCUGAUUUUGUCUGAUACAGAAUCACGCGUCCUUAGAAUCGCUUUAGUGAAAAGUGAAAGGAAUGAACGCACACAAGUGAGGUUAUGUUCGUAGGCAUGUUUUAUAUAUAGGCCCAAACUGGGAAACAAUAGAACGGAUUUUAUU